AUGAGGAAGGUACCUGAAAAGGUUGGAACUCAGUUUUGUAAUGAAACCGAGUUCUUGAAAAAUCUAAGUCCUGUAGUUUGGGAUAGAGAAAUUGAUCCCCAUAUAUUUGUUGAUUGUUGGAACAAUGUUAUGGAGGAAUUUGACCUUGUAGAUCAUGAGUGGUUUGCAUACAUGUUCAAGAUUAGGCAUCUUUGGAUCCCUGCAUAUUUCAGGGACUUGUUCAUGGGUGGGUUACUGCGUUCUACUUCUAGGUCUGAAGGUGAAAACAAUUUCUUUUGUAAUUUUAUAAACCCUCAUGUGACCUGUGUUGAAUUCUUUGUCCAUUAUGAAACUGCUCUGGAUGCUCAAAGGCAUGAAAAGGAUGAGUUGAACAAGCUUAAUAAAUCUGAGCCUCAAUUGCUUACUCAUUUACACUUGGAAAAGCACGCUGCUGUUGUUUACAGUCGUGCCAUCUUUUAUGAUUUUCAAGAAGAAUGCCAAGCAAACUGUUUGUCAUGUGGUGUUGAAAGUUGUAGUUCUCUGUAUGGAGAUGGUGUGGAGUUUUCUGUUAUUGUUGAUCAUGAGAAAUGGAAAAACUCUGAUGUAAAUUUUGACUUGGCCACAUAUGAGUGCAGUUGCAAGUCUAUACGUGAAAUUCCUGAUCUUUAUAUCAUGAAUCGUUGGAGAAAAGACGUUCUGAAGAAAGCUUUAGCCAUAAAUGCUGUUGUGGAUGAUGCUUCUAAGUAUGAUAAGAAGAAGCAAUUAGUGAGUGAUGUGUGGUCCAAGAUUUUCAGUUGUGUGAGUUUAUCUGAGCAAUCUAAGGAUGAUAUAUCUGAGCUUAUUAGGACAUUAUCUUCAUUUGAGGAGCAGAUGCCGACAAAGAAUAAUCCUGUAAAUGCAACUAGUUCAAAAGAGGUGAAAGAUGCUGAUAUUCAGGUUUUGGUUGGGUCAAAUGAAGUAGAUGUAAACAUCUUUCCUCCAAAUCAGUGUCUUAAUAAAGGUUCUGCCAGAAUUUCAAAGCGGUUGAAAAGUGCAUAA